UUUCUGAGCUACCUGAAUUGUCAUCGUUGAUACAGUCAGUGAAGAACAUUGUCAGCUAUUUUCAUAGAAGUACAAAGGCUUCUGACAAGCUAAAGGUCAUUCAAGCUCGACUCAAUUUACCAGAGCAUAAGUUAAUCCAACAUGUUGACACCAGAUGGAACAGCGUCUUCUAUAUGCUACGAAGGUACUUGGAGCAGGAUGAAGCAAUUCGAACAACACUGUGCCUUCUCGAUCGUAGUGACUUACUCAUAGCAAGUGAUAAGACUGCAAUACUCAAAGAAGCUGUUGAUACUCUUCAGCCAUUUGAAGCUGUCACAACUGAGAUGUCAUCAGAAAAAUAUCUGUCUGCUUCAAAAAUUAUCCCAUUAGCAAAAUCACUUAUGAUGAUAUCCAGCCAAAAAACAAGCGAAUUAGCAGCAAAACUCCUUCAUCAUAUGAGAGGUCGGUUUUUUAAUGUAGAAAACAAUCCAAUACUUGCUUCAGCCACCUUAUUAGAUCCAAGAUUCAAGAAGUUUGCUUUCUCUGAUCAAAGUGCAGCAGAUAAAAUUGCUCGAACAGUAGUAGCCCAGUGUGCUAGCCAGCCUAGCUUGGAAAGGAUUUCAAGUGGGGCUGAGACGAGUGCUAGUAAUGAGGUGUCUGCCAGCUCUGAACUAAACCCACUAUGGCAGUUCUUUGACCAAAGAGUUGCAGAAGUAAGGGCGACAAGACAACCAGCAACCGAUGCUUUUACUGAACUGCAGCAAUAUCUCAGAAUGCCACUUAUUGCCAGACAGGAUGACCCACUUGAGUGGUGGAGAAACAACGAGGCUGCCUUUCCUAACGUAAAGCAAAUAGCUACGAAGUACCUGGUAGUUUUAGCUACAUCUGUCCCUUCUGAGAGACUAUUUAGCAAAGCUGGGGAACUGAUUUCUGCCAGGAGAAGUACACUGAAACCGAAGAACGUAGAUAUGUUCUUAUUUCUUAACAGUCUUGAUAACUGAGUCCAUUUUAUUAUUAUAGGUGUGGUAUUAAUUAAUUAGUUUUAAUUGAUGGGCGUGGUGCAUAUAUCGUAUCGAAAGUGUAUCGAUACAUUCGAUAUUGAGUGGUAUCGAUCGGUAUCGGAUCGAAUCAAGUUUGACCAGUAUCGCCCA